AUGGAGCAAGAGAAAUUUGCCACGAACACUGAGGUGUUAUAUCCGGUGUUGCUUAUACCGAAGAAGUGUACCACGCUAGAAACCACCUGUGAAGCGACUGACGAUGUCUUUAUAGAACUGAGCAUCACAUCAGCGGACAUUGAAGGUAAUGAAAUGUGCUUGUACUCAGGUUUUUGUAAUGUGAAACUCAUAGACAGUUACGAUGUUAAUGUACAUGAAGUUGAUUCUAAUUCCAUGGCUGAUUCCAAUGAUAGUGAUCAAAUACAAAUAGUAGCAGAAACAAGCAAUCAAAAUUCUUAUCCUCAGGACACUCAGUCCCAAGUGUGGAUAGAUCCAAUGCGAAGUCCGUAUGUGUAUAACAAUUACGACGAGAGAGAAUCAAAAGAUAAAUUCUCAGUAUAUCGUCAUCAAACUGGCUCCGGCCAUAUAACCGUUGAACAACAUAAUACAUAUAUAACACAAAAUGUAUACAACUAUUCAGAGCCCAAUCAUUAUUCAUCGGCUGCAGAAUUUGAACAUAAAAAGUUUAGAAAAGUGCAAACAAAUGAUACAUAUCAACAGAAAAACUCUGAACCGAACAAUGCGUAUGAAGAUGAUGAAUUUGAGUGUGGAGUGUUUCUAUCUCAGCUAUCUGAAGAGAUAAUUAAUGAAAAUGAAACAAGAGCCCGAGAAGAAUUCCGUUACGUAGACUUGCAGAGUGAGAAUGAUGCACUAAAACAGCUGAUGUCGUCGGAUAUACAAUCACUGUCCAAGCAGCAUAAAACUAUACUGUUCUUAGGUCAUGACUCUCAAUCUGGACAAACCAUCCAGAAAAUUGCAGUGAACGAUCCAUUUUUGGAGUGUGUUGGAAGCAAUGACAUUGAUCAUGAAUUAGUUGUUGAAAACACCAACAACAAAAACCCCAACCAGAAGAAAUAUCAAUGUGACAAAUGCAAGCAAAUAUUCGAUCAAAUAUCUACUUUCAAGCAGCACAUGGGGGGAAACCAUAGAACCAUUAAAGCAAAACGCGUCUCUGUUUCUGAAAGCAAAAUUAAAUACAUUUGCACAGAAUGUGGCAAGAUCUUGAAAAACCAGGAGAAGUUUAAGCUGCACUGCCUUGGCCACGGCGAUCCAGAACUAGAAUGUAAUAAGUGCCACAAAGUGUUCGCCUCAAAAUUCACUUUACGCACCCACCGUAAAAUACACUUAAGGAAACACUCGUGCGAUUAUUGCACGAAGAAGUUCGCGAAAAUUGACAACUUGAUCGUUCACGUCGCCAAUAUACAUCAUAUCUUCAUGUGCCAGGCUUGUGAUUACACAACUAAGAAAUACAAAGAUCUGCAAGAGCACCAGAAAUGUCAUUUGAGUCCACGGGAAAGUACCGACACGGACUCUAGCAUAUCUUUCGACAAUGGCAUCACACACACUAACGUUGUCACCAAAACGAACACGCCAUGCCCAAAAGUACAAGUAAUAAAUCCUGUGAACGAAAACUACGUCACCCAAGAGAAAAUAAGAGAGGCCAAUUCAAUUAUAGCUAAAGUGAUGUCUAAUAAAGUUUUUCUACUUCAUGCAAAGAAGGCUAGGAAACACAAAAGAUACAAAAAGGCUUGUGACGUCUGCUUUAAGUCCUUCGACCGGAUUGGAGAUUUGAAGAGGCAUCUCAUAGAACACGUUAUUAGAAGCACUCUAGCUAAGAAUCCAGUGAACAAAAACGGCACCCUCAUCAUGCAAUGCGAGGUAUGCCGUUUGGAAACCUUCUCUAGAGUAGAUAAAUAUAAGGCACAUUUACGCGAACACGCUAAACUCACUCUGUAUCAAUGCACGUUCUGCAAUAAGUCUUUUAGUGAUUCCAGUAACUUCUCUAAGCAUAAAAAAGUUCACGGCGUCAGGUACUUUCAGUGUGAUCUUUGUCAAAGAAAAUUCAAUUCGAAGAAAAUGAUCACACAGCACAUGGAGUACCACAAAAACAAUUCACCUAUUCCUUGUUUUUAUUGCGACAAGGAGUUUCAUUUCGAAUCAAUGCUAAAUAAACAUAUUAAAUGCGCGCACACCAAACAAAUGGCGGCCAGAUUCCGCUGUAAAUUUUGCCACAAAUAUUUCAAAACGUUAAAGGAAAAGUGGGACCAUGAAUGGAUCAUUCAUAAUGUUAGAAAAAUGAUAGUCGACUGUCUUAUAUGUGGCUCGAAAUUUAGAAAAUAUUCCGAACUGAAAAGGCAUUGUCAUGAUACUCACGAGUUAGAAAUACCAUCCGCCAAAACCUUGCUUGUUGCUAAUGACUGA